AUGGCUUCCAGAGAAACCUGCCGAACUGAGCUCCGCUCCGCCGUCCGCCACCGCAGCGACCGUGGCCUAUGCUCCACCGGCAGCGGAGCAGAUAAUGGGGAUAGAGCAAGACCCCUCAAAGCACCCUCCAUCGCACACUCGAUUCUAGCAGGGGGAGCUCCUCCAUCCGCCGCCGCUAUCAAACUGUCGGGGCCCGAGGAGUACGAUUAUGAUAUGAUGGAUGGCGAUUUUCAUCUGCUGGCAAGUCUUACUUUGACUGCAGGGAGUAUAGAAGGGAUGCUCAUCAAUAUAAUUACAAGUGUUUUGGAUGGGUUCGCUUUGGAGUUUGGACCUCAAGUUAAGACUCGUCUAGAUCAAGCUGAGAUCGACUUGACUCAUUAA